AAAUAACGUUUUUGUCGGUAUUGUGGAACCUCAACAUCGUUGUAAAAACGUCGAUAUUUAGUACAAAUAUAUCGAUAUUUAUCGACAUCACUAACACACACAAAAUAUAAACAAUAACACAACCUCAACAUCUUCACUAUUUUACGCUUUAUUGGUAUUGUAUUUGUUGAAAAUAUUAAAAUUGUUAAAAAUUGUAUUUAAUUAGUGAAUCAGUUUCGUUACUACUGAAUAAGAAAAAUAUUAAAUUAUGACUUUAGGCGAAAUACACAAAAAUUUACCCUGGGUUGAAAAGUAUCGGCCUUCUAAGUUAGAUGAUUUGGUGUCUCAUGAUGAUAUCAUUAAUACAAUUAAUCAGUUCAUGAAAGCUAACCAACUACCUCAUCUGUUGUUUUAUGGACCGCCUGGUACAGGGAAGACUUCUACUAUUCUGGCUUGUGCUAGACAAAUGUAUACUCCACAGCAAUUCAAUUCAAUGGUUUUAGAAUUAAAUGCGUCUGAUGAUCGAGGUAUAGGCAUUGUGCGGGGACAAAUUUUGAGUUUUGCAUCAACACGAACUAUAUUCAAAGCUGGUCCAAAAUUAAUAAUAUUGGAUGAAGCAGAUGCAAUGACAAAUGAUGCACAGAAUGCUCUUAGACGAAUAAUAGAAAAGUAUACAGACAAUGUUCGGUUCUGUAUAAUAUGCAACUAUUUGGGUAAAAUAAUUCCUGCACUGCAGUCGAGAUGCACUCGUUUUCGUUUUGCUCCUCUGAAUAAAAACCAGAUCGUACCCAGACUUAAGGAAAUAGCAGCUGCCGAAGGCGUUAAGAUAUCGGAGGGUGGUGUUACCGCGCUUCUAACUUUAUCGGGCGGUGAUAUGCGGAAAGUGUUGAACACACUACAGAGUACUUGGUUGGCAUACCGUGACGUCACCGAGGACAAUGUCUACACGUGCGUCGGACACCCGUUGCGCUCCGAUAUUAACAACAUACUCAGCUGGUUGCUUAAUGAGAAUGAUUUCGCUACGUGUUUUAAAAACAUUCAGGAGGUCAAGAUUGCAAAGGGUCUGGCAUUGGGAGAUAUACUUACUGAGAUACACACCAUAGUGCAAAGAAUGAAACUACCACCGGAGGUGCUGGUAUCACUGUUGAUCAAGAUGGCGGAUUCAGAAGUACGGCUUGCAAGCGGUUGCAGCGAGAAAAUCGAACUUGCUGCACUUAUUGCUGGUUUCCAAACUGCGAGGGACACGGUUAAAGUGGACACUACGUCAUAGUAUUAUAUCUUUUUUUUUUUAUUAAAUAUAAAUAACUUUGGUAAUAUUUCUAAUAAUUGUGAUCAGCUUAAAUUCUGUUUAUUUGAUAUAAAUGUCAUUGGCCGCGUUGUGAACUAUUUACGUGUCAGUGAUGUUAUAAAUGGCUAAACCGAAAUUUAUUUUUGAAG